UUUCCGCACAACGCUCUUCCUCCCUUCCUCCUUCCGGCAGCGUCCAGCAGGAUUCCGCUGUUCCUCCAAAAUCUUUGUCAGGAGAGCCAUCCUGACGGUACUUUUAGGAAGCCCAUAGAUACCCGCCACAACCUGUGACUUUCAGGGUCAAUUGCGUCUCAAUUCGCACGUCUAUCCAGAACCUGCGGGGACCACGUCCCCAUCCUCCCGCCCAGCCUCCGCCUCCGAGAGUGUCACGUGCUAGACGCGGGCGUGAGGACAGUGUCGCCAUGUUGAUAUCUGGCGGCGCCAGGUAGGGGAAGGGAGAGGGCGGCUGACUAGCUACCCGUAGUUUCGGCUCCUGUGCGCAAGUGCGGAAGUGCGCUGGCCAGGAGCGUGAUCGGUUUCCGGUCAGUGGUGCGGUACCGGGUACCCGGAGACGUGUAUCGGAAGGUGGGCCGCAGCCAUGGCCGAGAGAAAACCUAACGGUGGCAGCGGCGGCGCCUCCACUUCCUCGUCGGGCACUAACUUACUUUUCUCCUCCUCGGCCACGGAGUUCAGCUUCAAUGUGCCCUUCAUCCCAGUCACCCAGGCCUCCGCUUCUCCGGCCUCCCUGCUCUUACCCGGAGAGGAUUCCACAGAUGUUGGUGAGGAGGACAGCUUCCUUGGUCAGACUUCUAUUCACACGUCUGCCCCACAGACAUUUAGUUACUUCUCUCAGGUAUCAAGCAGCAGUGAUCCUUUUGGGAAUAUUGGACAGUCACCAUUAACAACUGCAGCAACCUCAGUUGGACAAUCAGGAUUCCCCAAGCCCCUGACUGCUCUCCCUUUUACAACUGGAUCCCAAGAUGUCUUGAAUGCAUUUUCACCAUCCAUUUCGAAGGCUCAACCUGGUGCUCCACCUUCCUCACUGAUGGGAAUAAAUUCUUAUCUGCCUUCUCAGCCAAGUAGUCUCCCUCCUUCACAUUUUGGGAACCAACCCCAAGGAAUUCCCCAACCAGGAUACAAUCCAUAUCGCCAUACCCCUGGCAGCAGCAGGGCUAAUCCUUACAUUGCACCACCCCAUCUGCAGCAGUGCCAAACACCAGGCCCUCCUGCUCAUCCUCCACCUUCUGGACCCCCUGUUCAGAUGUACCAGAUGCCUCCAGGAUCUUUGCCACCGGUUCCUUCUUCAGUGCAGUCACCAGCACAGCAGCAGGUACCUGCCAGACCUGGGGCUCCCUCUGUUCAAGUGCCACCUCCUUUUCUACUUCAAAACCAAUAUGAGCCUGUUCAGCCCCACUGGUUUUACUGCAAGGAGGUAGAAUACAAACAACUGUGGAUGCCUUUUAGUGUGUUUGACUCUUUGAAUCUUGAAGAAAUCUAUAAUUCAGUUCAGCCAGAUCCGGAGAGCGUGGUUCUUGGCACGGAUGGAGGGCGCUACGAUGUUUACCUCUAUGACCGAAUAAGGAAGGCUGCCUACUGGGAAGAGGAGCCAGCCGAAGUGAGACGCUGUACUUGGUUUUACAAGGGGGACACAGAUAGUCGAUUUAUUCCCUAUACUGAGGAGUUCAGUGAAAAACUAGAGGCUGAAUAUAAAAAAGCUGUAACCACUAAUCAGUGGCACCGAAGAUUAGAGUUUCCAAGUGGAGAGACAAUUGUUAUGCACAAUCCAAAGGUUAUUGUUCAGUUCCAGCCCUCCUCAGUGCCAGAUGAAUGGGGCACCACGCAAGAUGGACAGACAAGGCCCAGGGUUGUAAAGCGUGGAAUUGACGAUAACCUUGAUGAAAUUCCCGACGGGGAGAUGCCUCAAGUUGACCAUUUGGUGUUUGUGGUGCAUGGCAUUGGACCUGUGUGUGACUUACGCUUUAGGAGCAUUAUUGAGUGUGUGGAUGAUUUUAGGGUGGUUUCUCUCAAACUGCUGCGGACACAUUUCAAGAAAUCUUUAGAUGACGGGAAAAUAAGCAGAGUGGAGUUCCUUCCAGUUCAUUGGCAUAGUUCUUUGGGUGGGGAUGCCACAGGUGUGGACAGGAAUAUUAAGAAAAUCACUUUGCCAAGUAUUGGUCGAUUUCGUCACUUUACCAAUGAAACUUUGCUAGAUAUUUUAUUUUAUAACAGCCCCACCUACUGUCAGACAAUUGUGGAAAAAGUAGGAAUGGAGAUAAACCGUCUGCAUGCACUCUUUAUGAGUCGGAACCCAGACUUCAAAGGAGGUGUCUCUGUUGCUGGUCACAGUUUAGGUUCUUUAAUAUUGUUUGACAUCUUGUCUAAUCAAAAAGAUUUGAAUUUAUCAAAGUGCCCUGGACCUCUUGCUGUUGCUAAUGGAGUUGUGAAGCAGCUACAUUUUCAGGAAAAGCAGAUGCCUGAAGAGCCAAAGCUGACUUUGGAUGAGUCGUAUGACCUUGAUGUUGAAAAUGAAGAAGUCCUAACUUUGCAAGAAACUCUGGAAGCACUUAGCCUCUCUGAAUAUUUUAGCACUUUUGAAAAGGAAAAGAUUGAUAUGGAAUCCUUGCUUAUGUGUACAGUUGAUGACCUGAAGGAAAUGGGGAUACCCCUUGGACCCAGAAAGAAGAUAGCUAACUUUGUAGAACAUAAAGCAGCCAAACUGAGAAAAGCAGCGUCAGAAAAGAAGGCAGUGGCGGCCACUUCUACAAAAGGACAAGAGCAAAGUGCCCAGAAGACUAAAGACAUGGCUUCCCUCCCCUCAGAAUCCAAUGAGCCAAAGAGGAAACUUCCAGUUGGUGCUUGCGUGUCUUCUGUGUGUGUGAAUUAUGAAUCUUUUGAAGUUGGCGCCGGACAGGUUUCUGUUGCUUACAACUCAUUAGAUUUUGAACCAGAGAUAUUCUUUGCCUUGGGGUCUCCAAUUGCUAUGUUUCUCACUAUUCGAGGAGUUGACAGGAUAGAUGAGAAUUACAGCCUUCCUACCUGUAAAGGGUUCUUCAAUAUUUAUCAUCCGCUUGAUCCAGUGGCAUAUAGAUUAGAACCUAUGAUUGUUCCAGAUUUGGACCUAAAAGCUGUUCUCAUUCCACAUCACAAAGGCAGAAAAAGACUUCAUUUAGAAUUGAAAGAGAGUCUCUCUCGUAUGGGAUCUGAUUUGAAGCAGGGUUUUAUUAGCUCUCUCAAAAGUGCUUGGCAGACAUUAAAUGAGUUUGCCCGUGCUCAUACCUCUUCAACCCAGUUGCAAGAAGAAUUGGAGAAGGUGGCCAAUCAGAUCAAAGAAGAAGAAGAAAAGCAAGUAGUUGAAGCAGAAAAGGUUGUUGAAAGUCCAGAUUUUUCCAAGGAUGAGGACUACUUAGGAAAGGUUGGAAUGUUAAAUGGAGGCCGCCGAAUUGACUACGUUCUCCAAGAAAAACCAAUAGAGAGUUUUAAUGAAUACCUUUUCGCUCUUCAGAGUCACUUAUGCUAUUGGGAAUCUGAAGAUACUGCUCUGUUACUACUUAAAGAAAUUUAUCGAACAAUGAACAUUAGUCCAGAACAGCCCCAGCAUUGAUCAAACUUCAGUUUUACUGUACUUUGUUGUCUGCACAGAAAGUCCCAGUACAACUUCCAUUGCUGAGAAAAUCCUCAGAGGACUUUCCCACUUCGCUCCUGUGAUGGAUGAGAGAAGAGUGAUUCAUUAACAAUUGCUCAGCCACAAUUCUCGGAUAUAGGGAUUCAAAAGACAGGACACAGAACUAACACAGUGAAAAAAAUCAGUACCACAUUUGGACAGUAUAGGUGAGAAAACAUAAUUAUAAAAAUGAUGCCAUGAAAAAUUCCACAGAUCAGUUUAGUUGUAUAGUUGUCAAAGUUAUGUGUGAUAUCAAUGAAGAAAUAUUUGUAGCAUGUAAACGGUUAUUUCUGUUUCUUAAAAAGUAUUGUUAGUGGGCUAUUAAACUUGGAUUUUUCUUUUUAUUAAUGCAGUAUGUUCUUUUUCUUCAAGUAUGAACUUGUUGAGAAACUAUAGUAAUAUGAUUUUUAAGAGAUUUAUGUUCUACUUAAAAUGUGAAUUGUACUUCUGAGCUGCCUUAAUGCAGGGUCAUUUAUAUUUGUUAAGAGGAAAUAAUCAAGAUCACUCAUAUCCCAACUGAAUCUGAGGUUUUAUAAAUCCCUCAAACAAUUGCUGAGAGCCUGAUUGUGGAAAGAAGUGAGAUGCACCUUAUUUUCAAGAAGUCCUGUGAAGCGCUCUCCUAGCACGUCCAUUUCCAGGAGGAGAAGCAAGCAGAUGAGAGGUUUUCCAUUUUGUCAUCCAAGGUAGCUGUGCACUUGCCUUGUUGCUGAAGUUCCAAUAAUGUGAAAACCAAAGUAGAGGUUUUUUUUCUUCUUCUUUUUGUUUUGUAUUAAUUUCACUUAUACCAAAGUGUUUGAAAGUAUGAAGUGUGUUGCUUCUGAGCUAUAUAAGGCUACUUCAUGACAAGACUGCUUUGUAAUAUUUCACUUUGUUUUACUACAAAUUCAGAUCACUUUGUUUUACUAUAAAUUCAGAUUAUCCAAAUAUUUUCCUAAUACUACGUGGGAAUGCUGAUUUUCUUUUGUUACGUAGUGGAAACAUUUUGCAUUGUUUACAUAGUUCUCAUGGAACAUGGAAAUUUUUGAAAGUGAUAUAUGAUACACAUUUUUUGUGUAUAUAUUCUAAUUAGUGUGAAUAAAGCAGUAACAUUAAUGCAUUUUUUAAGCAGCAAACUUAUGUAUUUCUCUUGUCUUCCUUAAAAGUGUCCCCAUGAACUCAGUGUUUAUUCCCUUUUCAUUUUGAGUACCUGCUUAUAUGGUCAGUAUGUAACGUUAGCAUUGGCUCCUAAUGGUAGAAUUAGAACAGCAAAAUUGUAGAGCUGUAAUUGACUCCAGACAACAUAGAUUUCAGCCACCUCAUUCUACAGCUGAGGCCAGGACAAUAAAUGCCUUUCCCAGACUGGGUAGUGGCAGAUCUGGGAUGGAAUAUGGUUUUCUUGAUUCCCUUUCAGCCUUCAUUUCUCUCUUUCAGGACUACUACUUUUUAAUUACUUUUCACUUAAUUUCCCAAUACUGAAGAAAUAAAGAAAAAUGAGGGUUAUUUAUAUAUAUUUCAAUAAAAUCCAAUUUGAUUUUUCAACUUA